AACGACACAUGGAUUUUUACCUUUCUUUUCCAAUCUAAAUCUAUUGUUAGUGGAGGUUCAACUCAAUUCUGUCUUUGCCCCAUCUCCCCUUUAUCACAUUAUUAUUUUUUUUCUUUGUUUUUUCAAUCUUAAAUCUACGGAGAAAAGGGGUACCAAAAGUUACUAAACUACAAAUACCGACCAAACUGUGCUUAAAAUCUAGAAUCUGGUCUAAUUCGUACGGUCGCCUUUGCCCUUGGGUUUCUGUUUUUUUCUUACCAAAAGAAAAAAAAAGACCAUUUUUUUUCUUUUCGGUCAAGAAAAGUAUUGAAUUUUUUUGGUUUCUGGGGGUUUCUGAUUGAUACCCUUGUGAGGGCUUGCAAAGAUUUGCAAUAAAGUUGUGCUUAUGAUAUAUAGACCUUGAGGAAUUUAGAAACCAAGCGCAUGAUUUUGUGAUGCUUUUUAUGUUAAUGGCUGUGGAGAACUCCUUGCUCUUUUGAUACGUGAAGAUGGAUUACAAGCUGCAAAUGGGGGUCGUAUCCCACCUUGAACAGAUGGGAUCACUAGAUCAUAGUUCAAUGGAUGAUCUCGAUGAUGAGUGCCUCUAUAACCCGGAAAUGGAUGCUCGGAAGGCACAUUCUACUGAUUCAAUUGAACAAGUAUCACUUUCUAGUAGUUUGCCAGUUGGUGGUAGGAAAACGAUAAGGAAUGGUGUCUAUAAGAGCAUAAAGACUGUAGUUUUCUCGAAUAAACUCAACUUGCUCAUGCCUUUUGGGCCUCUAGCUAUCCUGGUUCAUAAAACGACUGCUCAUAAUGGGUGGGUCUUCUUUCUAAGCUUACUAGGUAUAACACCUUUGGCAGAGCGUUUGGGUUAUGCUACUGAGCAGUUAGCUUUCUUCACUGGACCUACAGUUGGUGGUCUUCUAAAUGCUACAUUUGGGAAUGCAACAGAACUGAUUAUUUCAAUUUAUGCACUGAAAAUUGGAAUGAUACGUGUUGUUCAGCUGUCAUUGUUGGGCUCAAUUUUGUCAAACAUGCUGCUUGUUCUUGGAUGUGCAUUCUUUUGUGGUGGGCUUGUACAUCAUAGAAAGGAACAGGUUUUUAGCAAGGCCACAGCUGUUGUCAAUUCAGGACUGCUGUUAAUGGCAGUCAUGGGCCUACUCUUCCCAGCAGUCCUCCACUCCACACACACAGAACGGCAUGAUGGGAAGUCAGAGUUGGCUCUUUCAAGAUUUAGCAGUUGUAUUAUGCUUCUAGCCUAUGCUGCCUACCUAGUUUUCCAGUUAAAGAGUCAAAAAGAUCUCUACGUCCCUAUUGAUGAGGAAGGAAGUCAGAAUGAGGAGCAGUCAGAUGAUGAUGAUGAAGCUCCUGAGAUCUCGAAAUGGGAAUCAAUUAUUUGGCUUGCAAUCAUGACUGCUUGGAUCUCUAUCCUAUCAGAUUAUUUGGUUGACACCAUACAGGGGGCAUCUGAGGCAUGGGAUGUGCCAAUUGCCUUUAUUAGUGUUAUCUUGCUCCCCAUUAUUGGGAAUGCUGCAGAGCAUGCAAGUGCUAUUAUGUUUGCCAUGAAAGACAAGCUUGACAUAUCCUUGGGAGUGGCAAUAGGGUCAUCAACUCAGAUUUCCAUGUUUGGGAUUCCCUUUUGUGUGGUUAUUGGGUGGAUGAUGGGGUGUAAAAUGGACUUGAACUUCCAGCUUUUUGAGACAGCAACCCUGUUUAUAACUGUUAUAGUUGUAGCCUUCUUUCUGCAGGAGGGAACAUCUAACUACUUCAAAGGAUUAAUGCUUAUUCUUUGCUAUCUGAUAGUAGCUGCAAGUUUCUUUGUACACGAAGAUCCUUUAUCAACUGGCGAAAGCAAGCGACCAAAAACGUAAUCAAUGAAACAAUCGAGAAAUUAAGGGGUGGAAUUUUGAACCUAGAGAGAGAAAGGCGGUGGAUUCCAAAGAAGUUCGUCCCACAUGCUGCUGUAAAUACCUUUGUUCACAGAAUAUUCCAUUUUUUUCCAGUUGCUUAUGCUUGUUCACUUAAUAUUAUUGAACGAGUGUCUUGCUCAUUAUGUUCUUCUGCAUUUGAUGCCAACAUCUGCGCAGAUGGCGAAUUAGAGACUACGUAUACCGUAGGAAGAAGGAUUCUUUGAAUUUUGAUCUUAUGUAAUUCUAAUUCUUUUGAACAGCCUUCCCUUUGCUUCACUGCGGAAUUGCUUGUAAUGAAAUCCUUGGUUUUAAUUUUCUAGCACUUUUGUA